AUAUAUGCAGGUCGAUCGAUGGGUUCAGAGAAGUUCCCAACCCCUGUGGCCGACCUGUGCGACGCGAACGCCUCACUGAUCCUCGCCGGCGAGCUGCGCAUCCUGGAGCCCGUCUUCCAGCCGUACGGCCAGUGCAGGUCCUUCUCGGGCCGGGUGGUCACCAUGCGCGUCCUCGAGCACAACGCGGGCCUGCGCGCGCUCCUGGAGACCCCUGGCGAGGGCCGCGUCCUGGUGCUCGACGGCGGUGGCAGCAAGCGGUGCGCGCUCAUCGGCGGCACGCUGGCGGAGGUGGCGCGCGGCAGCGGCUGGGCGGGCGCUGUCGUGAACGGCUGCGUCCGCGACGUGGAUGACGUGAACGGCUGCGCCAUCAGCGUCCGCGCGCUCGCCAGCAACCCCCGCAAGCCCGGGAAGAGCGGCGCCACGGAGAUGCACGUGGACGUCGACGUCGGCGGCGCCGUGGUCCGUGACGGGGAGUGGCUCUACGCGGACAGCGACGGCAUCAUUGUCUGCGACAGGGAGAUCUACGGUUGAUGUGAUCGACCCCAACGUGGCUUAUUCCACACAGUUUGUCUUCCGAUGUCUGCCUCGCGUGUUCUCUCUAAGUUUGGUGG